AACGCGCUCCGCGUGCGCAGUACGCGAGCAGUUAGGUCCCCGGUGCUGCUUCCGCGCUCGUCUGCGGCCCCCGCGGGUCGGGGUGAGGGCGCCGAUAUGCGUCCCCUGCUCGGUCUCCUCCUGGUCUUCGCCGGCUGCACCUUUGCCUUGUACUUGCUGUCGACCCGACUGCCCCGCGGGGAGACACUAGGCUCAGCCGAAGGGGCUGGAGACAGGUCACUAUGGUUCCCCUCAGAUGUGGCUGAGCUGCGGGAACUCUCUGAGGUCCUUCGAGAGUACCGGAAGGAGCACCAGGCCUACGUAUUCCUACUCUUCUGCAGUGCCUACCUCUACAAACAGGGCUUUGCCAUCCCUGGCUCCAGCUUCCUGAACGUGUUAGCUGGCGCUUUGUUUGGGCCAUGGCUGGGGCUUUUGCUGUGCUGUGUGCUGGCUUCGGUGGGUGCCACAUGCUGCUACCUGCUCUCCAGUGUUUUUGGCAAACAGCUGGUGGUCUCCUACUUUCCUGACAAGGUGGCCCUGCUGCAGAGGAAGGUGGAGGAGAACAGAAACAGCUUGUUUUUUUUCUUACUGUUUUUGAGGCUUUUUCCCAUGACGCCAAACUGGUUCUUGAACCUCUCGGCCCCGAUUCUGAAUAUCCCCAUCGUGCAGUUCUUCUUCUCAGUUCUCAUCGGUUUGAUUCCAUAUAAUUUCAUCUGUGUGCAGACGGGCUCCAUCCUGUCAACCCUUACCUCUCUGGAUGCUAUUUUCUCCUGGGAAACUGCCUUUAAGCUACUGGCCAUUGCCCUGGUGGCCUUAGUUCCUGGAACCCUCAUUAAAAAGUUUAGCCAGAAAAACUUAUAUUUGAAUGAAACAAGCAACACUCAUCACGUAAAUAGUAGAAAGCAUACGUGAUCUGGAUCCUUUGGUUGCCAAGUCCCUGGACUCUUGUUUAUUUGUAUAAUGGGUGUGGUCCUCCUGAAGCCCCUCAUUUUUAAAUUAUUCUCAACAGAUAAUUUGGACUCUGUUCUUCUGUGUGCUCUGUCUUGUCAUGCAGGACACUCUGCUCUAGAAGGUGAAUUACACCAAGUUCUCAAACCAGCCCUGAUUUAGCAGGACUCUCGUAAAACGGAUGGCCUCCUAGCAAAUCCUGUUGAUAUAUUAUUGAAUAACAGGGAUUCACGGUAGUCGUGUUCACCUCUUGCCAAGCCCUGAGCUGCCUCGGAAGAGGAUGCUGAUUGCCUUUGUCCAGGGUGCCUCUUUUGCACAGUGAUGGCUGUCGUGACAGGUGUUUUCCUUAGAAGCCCUUCUUGGACAUGAUUAGUGCAGAUAAUGACACGUGAACCCACAUCAUGACACCACUCUGUCUUGUUAGUCUUCUGAAGAAUUUUUUUUUUUCCGAUUGACCUACCUCUUCCAUAAAUCAAGGGAAACAAGCCGAUGAACUGCACAGACCUUCCAUGUGCAGCUCAAAAGCACAGUGAUUGCUGGGAUGCUAUUUAUGUUCAGAUGCACUGAUGUCACCACGUGUCAGAUCCUCUUUUGGUUGCAUAUCUUGACAAUUAAUCCGACUGCAGAUGAACUAUUAAAUAUGAAUGGAGUGAACUCUCUAUGUUGUGGAUAUGUUCUGGACAAAUUCUUAACCCAUCUGGAUGGCUGAACCAAAUGAUCGCCAGUACAUUUUCUAGUCUGUCCUUUCUGUAUAGAAAUCCCUCCUCCCUCCUCCUGCUGGGAGAAUGGAUGCAGUACACUCAGAUAUCAGCCAGUAUACCUUCUGAAUGCCUUUUUUUUUUCUUUUUCAUUUUUAUCAUUUCCUGAGCAUCACUGAGGAAUAACUAUUUUAUUUUUUAAUUCAAAGGUGAAAGCUUGGUUUUGGUUAACUUUGUGGUGUUGUAUUUUAAUUAUUUGUAGCUGUCAUUGCUUCCUAUUGCUAUGUUAUUGAAUUGGCCCAGACCUGGGUUAAUGCUUCCAAGGACAGAAGGGCCUUGGCACCUAAACUGACCACCUCUGGGACCCCGUACCCUGUAGGAGUAGCUCAUCACUUCUUAGCAGAGCUGUUGCCCUUAGGCACCAUCUGCUGGGUUUUUGAUUUGACUUGGCCAAGAAUCUUGCCGAGCCUUUAAUGUAGACCAGUUGUUGUACGUGAAUUCUUGGUAAUACUUGAGUAUGAAGAAUGAAUUUUCCAAGCAGUGUUUUUUGGACAUGGUAUAAUCCAAAAACAAAACAAAACAAAACAAAAAACAAAACAAACCAACAACCCAAUAAGGACUUCAUUUUUAAGGAUGUGUUGCUUAAAAAGAAGCUUGAUAAUGAGGCCAGCUGGACUUGGAAAUCCUGGCUCUUGUAUUCAGAAGUAGGAGGUGGGAAGGGGAGAAACAAGGAAGCUCUCUGCACUUUGCCCUCUUAUUAAGAUCCUUGGAUUUGUCUCUCUAUCUCCUCCCCCAGGAUUUUGCAACAAUGUGCCUUAUCUGUUGUGAGUUUACAGCUUCCCAAAUAAAUGUAUAUAAAUGUU